GCAGGCAGGCGGGCGCGCGGCGGCUCCCGCUCCAGCGGGUCCCGGGCUCUGUUCAUUCAUGAUUGGUACUCGGGCCCCGGGAGAGCCAGCGAGAGCGGCGGGAGCCGAGCCAAGCGGGCGGCAGAACGGGCGGGCGGAGCGCUGCUCCCGCACCGUGCCGCGCCGGUUCCGGAGCCUCGGCCGGGCGGGCGCGCCGGCCCCGGGUCCAGCGCCAGGCAGGCUUCGGGCACCGUGCUCGGUCCCUUGCGAGGGAAGCGGCAGGGCCCUUCCCCGCGCUGGGCAGCGGUUCCCAAGACUCCCCAGGAGCAGUGGCCCUGUGAACCAGUGCAUGUGCGGGGCUGAAGAGGAAGAGCAAACCUCCGGUUCCCAGCCCCACGCUCGCUGAAUACCAAGCUGCAAGAGAGCUGCCUCCCGCCGUGGGCUUUUUUUUUGCUCUUCCAAUUCGAAGUAGACAAUCCACACUGAUAUCUUUCCAGGGAAGGGGAGGGGCAGGGCUCGGGGUCCCAAGUCGCAAACAAGUAUUCGCAGCCAUGGGGGCCGUCAUGGGCACCUUCUCAUCUCUGCAAACCAAACAAAGGCGACCCUCUAAAGACAUCGCCUGGUGGUAUUACCAGUAUCAGAGAGAUAAGAUUGAAGAUGAGUUGGAGAUGACCAUGGUUUGCCAUCGGCCUGAGGGACUGGAACAGCUUGAGGCCCAGACCAACUUCACCAAGAGGGAGCUACAAGUCCUUUAUCGAGGCUUCAAAAAUGAAUGUCCUAGCGGUGUGGUCAAUGAAGAAACAUUCAAACAGAUCUAUGCUCAAUUUUUCCCUCAUGGAGAUGCCAGCACGUAUGCCCAUUACCUCUUCAAUGCCUUCGACACCACCCAGACAGGCUCUGUGAAAUUUGAGGACUUUGUGACUGCUCUGUCGAUCCUACUGCGAGGAACUGUCCAUGAGAAGCUCAGGUGGACAUUUAAUUUGUAUGACAUCAAUAAAGACGGAUACAUAAAUAAAGAGGAGAUGAUGGACAUUGUCAAAGCCAUCUAUGAUAUGAUGGGGAAAUACACAUAUCCCGUGCUCAAAGAGGACACCCCAAGGCAGCACGUGGACGUCUUCUUCCAGAAAAUGGACAAAAAUAAAGAUGGCAUCGUGACUUUAGAUGAAUUUCUUGAAUCUUGUCAGGAGGAUGACAAUAUCAUGAGGUCCCUCCAGCUGUUCCAAAAUGUCAUGUAAUUGGAGACAAUCAGCCAUCCAGCUCUCAGAGACAAUGUACUAAACAACCACUUUAACACGUUGAUCUGCCCUUGUUCUGACUUUACACACUGACUUUUGGGACAGAAACACCUUUUAAACACUUUGAAAGCAUUCUCUGCUGAAGACUUUCUAUGGAACCCAGAAUUGCCUGGCUCAGUCUCUGAUUGCCAAUCUUUCCUCCUUCUUCAUGAGAGAUACAGGAUGAAACUUGAGUUUGUUUUGGAAGCAUGCUCAUCUCUUCACAGUGCUGCCCUAUGGAAGGUCCCUCUGCUUGAGCUUAAACAGUAGUGCACGAUGUUUCACUUGUGUGCCUCCAGCCCACUGCCUCCAUGUCCAGAAGACCUCAAUGUGUCUGGAAGCAAGAAGAUCUGAAGCAAAUGCACAUCACCCUCUGAUGGCCUCCCAAACCAAUGUGCCUGUUUCCUCUUCCUUUAAUGGGAAGAAUGAACAUUCUAUAGAACAAUUAGAGCCAACCAUGGUUAGAUCGGGAGAGCCAGUACCUAACACAAGCAGGAUAAGAAUGAUUUAUUAAGCACGACAUUAUCUGAUGCCCCAAACUUCCCACAUCCUUUGUUUCCAGAUGAAAGGGCCAAAAUGCUCUCUCUCACACUAGCAUCUGCGCUGUUAGCACAAGUCCCUCAAUAUGCCCAAGAAGGAAGUCAUUUCCCAGUGGUUCAUACCUCCACCCCAUCCCCUGCUAGAGUCCAGCACUGCAUGUCCUUCCCAGAAAGCCCAGAAUGCCUGCAAAUUGCUGUAAUUUUAUCCAUGUUCUAAUCAAUAAACAGAACUAUUUCUUAUACUC